GGACUCUGAGCCUUGAGCUCCCUCACCCAUCGAAGCCAGAGGGCAGCUUCGCCUCCUGCACGCUCCUGUAGGCCCUUAGUCCCAGACCCUAGCGGGGCGGACACUUGUCUCUAUUUCGGAGUCACGUGCCCUGAACCCGGUCUCUAUAGCAACCGCUUGACAGUGGUCCGUCGGCCUCAAUCACCCCGGAAAGGGCGGAAACCCAGCCCGGAGGUUCCGGGAAAUGUAAUCUGGAAGUGGAGGGGUGUCCUUUGAAGGGAACUUCUUUGAGGCAUAGAUCCUUGUGGAGUUUUGUUUUUGUUAUUUCUUAACUUGCACACGCUCACAUGGCCGUGGAAUCUAGAGAGGCUGUAGCCCUGGAUCCCCAGAAUCCAACAGUGAAAGAGAGACUUCAGGUAGUAAACAUGGAAGAAGAAGAGGAUUACCUGUGGGGGGAGAAAGGCAGCCAGAAGAGGAACAGCCCCUCCACCCAGGAGAUCUUCCGCCAGCGGUUCAGGCAGUUCGGCUAUUAUGACACACCUGGACCCCGAGAGGCUCUGAACAAGCUCUGGGAACUUUGCCAUCAGUGGCUAAGACCAGAGAUCCACACGAAGGAGCAGAUUCUAGAGCUGCUGGUCCUGGAGCAGUUCCUGACCAUUUUGCCAGAGGACCUGCAGAGCUGGGUGAGAGAUCAGCAUCCAGAGAGUGGAGAGGAGGUGGUAAUUGUGCUGGAAGAUUUGGAGAGAGAACUUCUUGAACCAGGACAACAGGUUGCAUCAAGUACACAGAGAGAGGCAGGGGCCUGGGAGAAGAUGGCACCCUUGAGAGCAGCACAGGAUGCACUGAAUGUCCAGCUUCAGCCUAUGAAUGCCCAGAUCAAGUGUGGCUCUCCAGAGCCCCAGUACUUACAAGAAAGAGAUUUCGAGACUAGUACCAAAUGGUCCUUUCCAAAGCAGGAACUUUCUGAAGAAAUAGAGUCAAAGGAGAGGAUAUCUGGAAGAUUCCCAAUGGAUGUUUCCAAGGGAACCAAGAUUGGAGAAGCCUAUGAAUGUGAAGGCAUUUUAGAUGAGCAGCAAGGAAACAAAUUGGAGAAAAUAGAUGGAUCCCUUUCCCAGGAUGGAAUUGUGUUAGUGACCAUCCCUUCUGAAAAAACUCUCUUAGGAGAGAAUGGUGAUGAAUAUGGUGACAGUCUGAGUAGUUGCCAUUUGAGCUCAGACCUGGUUAUACAGCAUAGAGGAGAGAAACCCCAUAUAUCUAAUACAAAUGACCAAAACUCUAGCCAGAAUUCGUCUUCUAGUGUACAUCAAAGAGAUCAGACUGUCAAGAAACCUUUUGAAUGUAAUGAAUGUGAGAAAACCUUCAAGCAGAACUCAGAACUUCGAAAACAUCAGAAAUGUCAUAUGGGAGUGAAACCCCACAAAUGUACUCAGUGUGGGAAAGCAUUUGGCCGCGGUUCUGACCUUAGGAAACAUCAAAGAAUUCAUACAGGAGAGAAACCGUAUUCAUGUAGUGAAUGUGGGAAAGCCUUCAGGGGGAGCUCAGACCUUAUUCAGCAUCAAAGAAUUCACACUGGAGAUAAGCCCUAUCAUUGUAGGGAAUGUGGGAAAGCCUUCAAUCAGACCUCUUCCCUUAUUCAACAUCAGAGAAUUCAUACUGGAGAGAAACCCUAUGAGUGUAAUGAAUGUGGGAGAGCUUUCAAUCAAAGCUCAGCUCUUACUCAACAUCAGAGAAUUCAUACUGGAGAGAAGCCCUAUUCAUGUAAAGAAUGUGGGAAACCCUUCAGGCAUUGGUCUGGCCUUAUGACACAUCGAAGAGUACACACCAAACUUUGACCCUGUGCAUAUUCUGAACGUGACAGAUCUUCAGACAACUUGUAACUGUUGUUAAGUUUCAUAAAAAUAUACUGGGAUCAUAACCCCAUAAAGUAAUUAUGAGCUAGCUAGCUCAAGGGCAGGAUCUAUGUUUGUUUUUUUGUGUUUGGUCCUUGCCUGAGUGCCAUGUGCCUAUGAGAAAUAAGGUUUAUUUUGUGAUAGAUUAAUCUGAGUAAUAAAUGGAGGAAACAUUAUUUACUUCCUCCCUUUGCUUUUUAGGAAACUCAAGGAAUGUGAAAUAAAUGGGAAUGUAAUAUCUUGAGCUGGAGUUUAGUUACUCCAAGAAACUAUGGAUUGGAUAUAGCAGAUUUGCUUUGCCUUUAGCCACUGUCAAGGAAUUCCUGUAUUUGUUGUUGUUUGUCAUUGACAUCAGGGUGACAUGGAUAUUGUUAGUGACUCUCCCCCUGGGUGUGAUCAUCUCCUACCUCCUUCCUUACUUCCAAUGACAUCUGUCUCCGAGGAACAGAACUAAUGAGGAGAGUGAUUCUAAUAUUUUUUUUUCCCAUGGGAAUAAAUACAGAUAGUCUCCAUGUCUCUGAAGAGGUCUGACAGUGAGGAGGGGCUAUUAGUAUGCCAAGAAAGAAAGGAAAUAGACACACUCAUAUAGUUUCUUAAUAUUUGGCAUGUAAGGUAUUUACUAUUAUUUUUGUAAAUAGGUAUCUUCUAAGAGGGGAGGGUAUAUGACUUUUGCUAUUUCACAGGUGGAACUGAUAUCCCGAGAAAAGAAGGGCUGUACUUAAGGGAUUAGGACAGAUUGGGUGCCCAGAGGCCCCUCCUCCGGCUGUACAGCAUAGGCAAGUAAGUCCUCCGAGAUGAACUGGGGACAGCUUUUUAAGAGGGUCCAAACUGAAAGCUAUUGGGCUGGAGAACAAUAGAGUGACAACUAUAGGGUUUCACAAAAGAUUUUUAUUCCUGCUCAAGAAGAGGGAACUGGACCUUGAGUCAGGUAGAAAGGAUGUUUAUUAAUAAGUAGUUCUAAUCUCAGUUAUUGAUCCCUUCCUACUUCACCCUUCCCCUUAGCCAGAAGUUAUCUUGAAGCUUGACCAAACUCAGGCCUUGCGGUCCUUGUCCUGAGCGGGACACCCUUCUGUCUUCCUGGCCCAAUGGGACAUCUCACUUCCUUAUUACUUUCUUCAGGGAGAGGGUGGUUGAGAUAUUUUUUGUUUUCUCAGGUCAGUGCUGAAAAACCAUGAUUUGGAAGAGGAGUUGCUGGCUCAGUUCCUGGAGUGGGUACCUAGUCUCUAGAAAUGCUGGGCCCUUCUGACACCUGAGAUGGUAGAGAAGACACUGUCUAACUUCUGUUCUCCUGGAAGUCCCAUUUUUCCAUGUUGCUGUGACUUUGGCCUGAGUGGCUUCAUUUUUCUCCUGUAGACUUUUCCAGCUACAGUAUUGGAAAGGGAUUUCACUUUGUACCUCUUCUUUGGUCUGUGCCAUGAAAACUGUUGCUACUGAGGAAAGGAGUGUGGGUAUUCUGUGUGCAUGUAUGUAUUGUAAGCACAUGUAUAUUUUUGUUCUUUCCACUGCCUACCAUGAAGGCUUACCCUUAUUCCUGCAUUUGGGUAGAAUGGAAGGUCUUUCCUUGAGACUCAUUUUCUAAAUCAUGAGUUGUUUCCCCGCAUCAGAAUCUUUUGCCAUUAUUCAAUCCUUCCUGUUACAUGUUGGUGAGGUUAGGUGGAUGUGGCCCUCGGAAUUGGGGAUGGGUGAUUCGGUAGCCACACCAGCAGAGCUCACCUUGGAUAUAUACUAUGUGGCUUAGUGAUAAAUGGAUAUCAUGUUUGCAGUGGCAGCUGAUAAGCCCUGGACUUAGGUUUGGGGAGUGGACAUAAGGAAAGCAUUCCUCCACUAAGGUAGGGAAAUGACAUCAUAGUGACUCUUGGAAUGGCUGGCAGUUUCUGGAUUUAGAAGUAUUUCUUUUUAGACCAAUUAGUCCACAUCAUUAGUAACCAUCCAAGGUGUGGAAAUAUCAAGCAUAGGACCAAAGGAAAAAGACUAAAAGCAUGAAAGGGUUAUGCCAAAUCCUGUGUUGCUAUGGAAUUAGAAGGAGCCACCAUGGUGUUUUUGCUGGGGAGGGGAGUUGGUGGCAGUUGGAAUCUACAGUGAGAACUGAGGUCUGGGGUUUAGGGUCAGAGGGUAGGCUGUCCCAUCUUUAGCUCCAUUAAUCUAGUUCUUGGAUGUAAAAUGUUAUGAAGCAUUCUUUAGAUACUAGGUCAACCAGGCCUUCUCCCAAGGCAGGUGAUUUUUCUGUAGAAAAAACAGGUGAGACGUGAGAUAAAUAGGAGAUUGAGAGCUAUGAGAAACCCAUAAAUCUCAGAAUCAGAGUCAGAAGUACUGAGCCAAAGAGUUUGGCACCUCAGAAAUUAGUCCCACCCAUACUUGAUUGGGAAUCUUUACUUACAAUAUCCAUGGCAAGCUCUGAGGACCUCUGAAUCCCUUUUACUUCUGUACAUCCCUAACUAGGGAGUUUUUACUGACAUCAGAUGUUGUAAAUGUGUCUGCCAUGAGGCUAAGCUGAUUAAAUCUAAUCCUUUUUCCGCAUGACAGACCUUCAGAGACUUGAAGACAAUUAUGUUACUUCAGCCGAUCCUCAUGGUGUCUUCUCUGAUCUUCGAUCUUGGGUGCCCUCUUCUGGACAUGCCACAUAUUAUCUAUGUCCUCAAAACCUCAUGUGUUGUCUUCUUCAUUAAAAGAGCUUAGACUGGCAAGACUUCAUUCUUUAUCUGUGAUAAAGCUAUGCUGACCCCUAACACUGAACAUAAUAUUCCAGAUAUGGUCCAUUUAGAGCUGAGGGCAGCAGAACUUUUACUCUCUUGAUUGACGCUGAUCCUGUCAGUGAAGCUUAGUAUAGCAUUGACUGCUGUCACAGUGUUGACCCUUAUUGGACUUGUGGUCCACUGGAAACUCCAGAUUUGUGUGUGUGUGUGUGUGCGUGUGCGUGUGUGUAUGUAUGUAUGUAUGUGUGUGUGAACUGAUGCUUCCCUGUCCUGUAUUUGAGAAAUUGAUGGUUUUGAACAAAAUAUAGAACUUUACUUUCAUCCAUAUGAAGUUUUAUCUUAUUUGACUCAGACCAUUAUGUUAUCUUGUCAAAGGUCUUUUUGUAAAUUAAAUCUGUCAUCAACAGGUUAGCUGUUCUUCUGAACUUUGUGCCAUCUAGAUUUGACAAACCUACCUUCUUUGCCUUCUUACAAGUUAUUGACAAAAUAUUGAAGAGUUUAGGGUCAAGGACAGCUACCUGGGACAGUCUGCUGGAGAUUCCCUUUCAAGUUGAUGCUUCAUUGGUAACUAUUUUUUGGGUCUGUUCAGAUCCACUUAACUGUACUACUACAUAGUCCAUACCUCUCCAUCUCAUCCCCAAAGAUGAUGUGAGAACCUUUGCUUAAAUGCAUUGUUCAAAUCUAGUAAUUCUAAUGCAUCUACAUCAUUCCUCUGAUCUACCAGUCUAAUUACCUUCAGUAGAGGCAGUGAGCUUAGGCUGGCAAGAUUCCAUUCUUUAUUCUUGAUUAUGCUGACUUUUAGUAAUCUCUUUUUCUCAUUAUCAGUACUUGUGAACUAUCUCUUUAAUAGUGUUUUAGAAUAUUCUUAAGGAAAAAGUCAAACUCUCUGUACUGUUCUUGCAGACUCUAAUCUCAUCUCUUUUUUUUUGAAAAUCAGGAACAUUUGCUCUUAUGAGACUCAUUUACAACUUUGCAAAUAGGUUGCAGAACUGAAGGAGGAUGGAGCUUAGGUAAUUUAAGAAUCGUUGUCAUGUGGCAAAUGGAUUAAAUUUGGAUGGGUCAGAAUGGUUUAUGAUACAGCAGAAGUUCAGCAGAAAAGGGUGUGUGUAGAUAGCAUUCAGUCAGGGCUAGAGUCCUAUGGGGGCCGGCUCCCUCAUCCCCUCAAUCUUGAGCCACACCAGGGUAGCAUGCUGGGUGGUAGCCCGGACAAGCAGAGGGAUUUGGGCUCUGCUGAAAGGCAUGGCACCUUUAGGGCCCUGGGUUUAUAUGAGGUUUUCAGACAAAGUGCUUGCUUUGGCAGUUGUCACAUUGCUGGUGGGGUGACAGGGUCAGGGAACAUGGAUCAGCAUUUAAAGGAGGGUUUCUAAAAAUUAACUAGGAAGGUGAAGGCCAACUCAGGAUGAGGAAGGUAGAAUUCUAGCUGUGUUGUAUCAGCAGGUUUGUGGGAGAGCUUCUGCAGCCAGUUCUAACUAGAACUGUGUGCAAUUAAGGUUUAACAUUGCCCAGCAAUGUGUAACAGCUGACAAGCCUAGGAGAGUGGGACCAUGGAAUCUGCUGGCCAUUCAUUUGUAUACUCCAAAAUAUAAGAAGAAAAGAAAUCGCAUAAGAAAAAUUUUCAAAAUUUAAUUGGAUAUGGGACAGACUGCAUAUCACCAGAAUCCACUGGAUGCUAACAAGAACCAAUCCCAGAUUCAGCUCACACAGACUACAGGAAUAACAUGACUACAAGCAAACAAGUAGAAAAAACUCACCUUCAAGAAACAGCAGUUUGAAUUGCACCAAGUUUUUCACCUAAGAUGAGAAAAGACAGAGUUUCAAUAAGAUAUAUAAAAAAUUAAGGAAGAUUGGACUUCAUCCCAAGACCUAUUGUACUCUUCUGCUAAAUUUCAUAUACUGUUUAAUACUUUCCUGUAAAACUGGGCAUUUGGAACCUCCACAGCUAUUGUAAGAAUUUCUGUAGGAGAAAGGCCUCUUUAAGGACUUAAUAGGCACACCAACCCAGAAACAGAACUUCAACAGGUAAAUUCUUAAAAACUUUACAGGUAUGAAUGACUAAUUGUAACAAUGUAAAUUCUGUGUUGGGUUUAACAGAUGUGUUAUGAUCUAUAAUUGUCUCAAAGUGUGGGGAGAUUACUUUGGGAGGGGACAUCAAAAUAAACAUUAUCCUUAUGAAAAAUUCCCCAA